AUGUCGUCUCUGUCUAUCUUCCGCAUCGCGACGCGCGCCGUCCGCCCUGCCAGCUUCGUCCGAGCUCCGAUCGUCCGCUCCCGGGUGCAGACCCCAGUCACUCUGGCUGCUGCCCGCACUGCCAACUUCGGUAGCAGCCGUAUGCUCCGCUCUGGCCACGAGGAUGAGACCUAUGAGGAGUUCUCUGCCAGAUUCGAGAAGGAAUUCGACGGUGUCCAGGAUGUCUUCGAGCUCCAGCGUAACCUGAACAACUGCUUCGCCUACGAUCUCGUCCCCUCCGUUGAGGUCCUCAGCGCUGCCCUGAAGGCUGCCCGCCGUGUCAACGACUUCCCCACUGCCGUCCGUGUCUUCGAGGGCAUCAAGGCCAAGGUCGAGAACCAGGAGCAGUACAAGCAAUACCUCGAGCAGCUCGAGGGUCUGCGCCAGGAGCUGGGCGUUGCUCUCCGGGAAGAGCUGUACCCCCAGGAGGAGUAAAUUAGCGUCGCUCAUGUUGUUCUUCCCCUACCUC